AUGCGCUCCCGUUUCGUUUCCACCUCGCUUCUGUUCCUUCGCCCUCUCUCUCAACCCCUAGGAUCAUCCGCCUUCAUCCCAUCCUUGCCGCCUCUUGGGACGACCAUACCCGACUCUUCCCUCCUUCAUAGGACUUGUUUCUCGGGCUUACUCUGGAAUCCACGCCUAUGGCAACCCUCCAGGGCUUUCACGAGUGACGAGGGGAAGGGUGGUGGAAGCCGGGACGACGGGGAUGGUAAUGGCUCCUGGAGGUUCAGCAGUGACGAUGAUCGUGACGUCGCUGGUCUGUUUGGGAAGCCAGGUGAGGAUGCCGCGGGUAGCCUCUCCGGCAUUGACGGCGACGUCGGUGGCCCCCGUCCAGGGGCCGUUAAAGGUAUGGGUGACUCGUGGCUCGGGGAGGCCCCAAAUGUCAAGGGGGAUAUAUUUCAGGCGAUCGACGGGGAACGCCAGUCGAAAAGCCGAGGAGCUUUAAGUGAUCAUGAUGACGAGUGGAAGACUGCAGAAGGAUACAAGCCGUGGGGGUUCGACGAGGAUGAGGGUAAAGGAGAAGCUUUUGCGUUUGGGGAAGAGCAUGGAGAGAUUGACGGAAUCGGGGGUGGCGAUGAAACGGAAACAGAGAAGGUAAAGGCGGAGCAGCUUAGACAACUGGAGAAGGAAGAACAGGAGCUUCUUAGCACAUUGAAAGGUCAGCCAUUCUAGUAUCGCUUUGCCAUAAUUUCAAAUAAUCCGCCAAAAUCAACAUCAAAAGGCAUACUGCUGUAGUUUUUUAGCUGACCUGUAACCAGAGAAAUGAGUCGAUAUUUUUUUCACAAUUUUUCCCUACUUCUUUUUGACUUUCUUAUAGAGGCUAAUUCGCUAUCUACUCUAUUAUUUUGCCAGGCAUAUGAUCUGUUAUUGGUUUCUGCUUGCAAUUUUAUUUCAGUUUUUUAAGUAUCUGAUUAUUCCAGUAUUAGACAUGAAACACAUCUCUACACUCUUUUGAAAUGUUAUUUAGAUGAUUUUUUUAAAUUUUAUUUGGAUGAUUGUUUCCAUUUAUUUUCAGAACGUGCAUGAUCAUCUGUAGAAGUUGUUUCAUAUUUAGUCUUAUUUCAUAAAAUUUUAUAAUUUGAAAAUAUGUUCACUCAAAUAGAAUGGGACGCAACUUAUUAUUGUAGUUGUAUGAUCAAGUCUUUGGUUCUACAUUUGCUUGACAUAACCAUGUUAUAGAUGUAUAUAAUCAGACUAAACAUUAUUAUCAAAAAAUGAUUAAAUUUAGGAUGGCUAAUGGCUCGGCUUCUUACUGUUUGAGACAGAUGUCUUUUGUAAAAACCAUUCAUGUAGUUUGGGUUGGCAAGGCAUAAAAUCUGAGUGCUACCAUGAUAUAGUAUCGGAGUUAAGUGAAUUCAAAUUAUUGAUAUUAAGUACGAGGCUCCCUAGCUGUUCUACAGAUCCGUCAUAACUAAUAGAUGUGAAGACUUGAAAUUGAAUGCUUUUCAUGGGUAGUAAUUCUUAAUACCUCCUUACCUGAGCCAUUGAAACUUUUGGUGAUCCAAAUCUAAUCAAUCUUCAAUUUUCUUUUUUUGAAAAACAUCAUUAGCAAGGUUGAUCCUAUGUGAUGCGAUUGUGACCUGUCUCUAAACAAUUGAGUUCUUCAAUCGCCUCGAGGAAGUCUUUGAAGAAAUUUCGCACUUGUAUUGAAGUAUAAGACCCUAACAAUGCACCAGCCAACACAAAGAAAAGGUUGGUAAUUUAAUUUGAAUGCUCCACAUAAUCGAAAAUUGAGCAGUCGAUUAAGCUUCAACUUUGUGUACGGUGAUUUGUUUUAAUCAGCGUGAUGAAUAUAAGAGGUUAUGGAGACAGUAUGGUAGUUUACCUUGUGAAUAUAGGUAUCUACAUGAUGUACAUUAAAGGGGAAUUUUAUCUGGUUAAAUGGAGGUUGACAUCUAAUAUUUUAUUUUGCAAGGUUAUGUUUAAACUAGGGCAGUAAAGAGUAUUUUUCUUUCAACUUUUCGCCAAGAAGAUGGCAACGUGUAAAGUACAAAUUCAUUUUUUUCUUGAAUUUAUGUUGGAUACUGAUUAGCUUAAAACUUCUUAUAUUCAUGAUACUAAGAGGACUUAUCUAAACCUUUCAAGUUCGGAAGAAAUGUGUGAGUAAUGCUGAAGUUUUCAUCAGGAAAUUUGAAGCUUUGUAUCAUCUAAUUAGUAGUGGUUUGGCCACCAUUCGUUGAGCAUUAAAGUGGAUCCCAAGUUCAGUUACGUCCAUCUGUCUGAAGUAUGUCGGACUUGGAAAACCAUUAGAGCCCUUUUAGUAAAUAAUGUGACAAAAAGCAAGAAAGUUACAGCGGUGGGUUAUCUGAUGUUGUUUGAGUAACCAUCUCUCUUGAGGUUAGAGCGACGGGAAUAGUAGAGUCUGGUUAGUUUUUUGUGUAGUCCAUCCCUCAUUUAGUCUGUACUUACAUGUGAGCAGGCAGUGGCGGUGAUUAACUAUUAUACAGUCUGCUUCGAAGACCCCUAAUUACCUAAGGGCUAUUCAGGUCGAGAGACUGAUAACCUGCCUGCCAUGCAAAAUAUUUGUGGGGCAUCUUUCAGUCAGAUAUUUUUCUAUCAAUACCUGAUGGUCGCUGUCAAUACGUAUGCUCUGUAGUUUGUAAAGGGCCGCACAAAUCAAGUUUUGAGAAUGUGACUUGGAUUACCUAUAUGGAACAUGAUUUUAGGCCUCAUCCUGUGUUUAUGGUCCCACUUGUAAUCUUUUUGGCACAAGGGCUGAGGCAUUGACCCUGCGCCUGGAGAAGUAUAGUGGAUGGUGCUUUAGACAACACUGUGGGUCAUCUAGGCUUGUGGAAAGUAUUGGGCAUUUUAUAGACUAUGGCUUUUGAAGAUAUCUCACUGGGUAGUUUGCUUCGGUUCUACUGUUUUUGGGGAAUAAAAUUUAUUGGCUGCCAGAGGAUUCAUACAACAUCGAAAAUUGUGUUUAUGCUUCUCUGCAUUUGAUUUCAUUGCUGUAACACAUUUUAUGUAAUUAAUGAUCCAGUACAAAAUCAUCUUCGGGUCAGUGCUUGUGUUUCAGACGUGUUAGAAAAGACUUUAAUAGAGAUUUGUGAAAGACCCAUGGCUUAUGCAUUCUCUCCUUUCGUAUUUUCUGGUGACUUUCACGGUUACCUGUAUGUUGCAACAACUUGCUUUCACCCUUUUGCAUUCCCAUGGAGUGAGAUAUUUUAUCUUAGCAUAAGACAGGAGGAUAUGUGGAAGCACAAUAGAUGAUGUUGAAGAUUAAAUUAAUGUCAGCAUACAAUAUCAUCUCUUUAAUGUUAUUCAGGAUUAUUUCCUUUUCUUUAUUGAGGUUAUUUUUUCGUCCGUGUAUGCUCUUCUUUCUCCACUAACUAUGAAUUUUGAGUGUCACAAAUGCUUAAAUAUCUGAUAAUAUCUUUUAUGUGAGGACUGAAGUUUACACAUACUAUGACUCGUGGCAAGGCAAGUCUGAUAAUAUCUGGUAUUUAAUACUCUUACGUUGCAGGUCCAAAUAGGGCGUUUGGUGACCUCAUUUCCGCAUCAGGAGUUACAGAGGAGAUGAUUGAUAGUUUGAUUCUAUUGAAGGAUCUUAGAGGUGUUCAAGGGUUGCCUUCUCUCAGAGAAAUAGAAGAUAUGAAAUUGGCAAAGGAUGAUGCUCCUUCAGCUAGAUUUGAAAUGGAGCGCAAGAAACAAGAGGAAGUUGCUAAAGCGCGAGUUAGACAGGUUGAUGAAAAGGGAAGGGCAUAUGGAACUGGCAGAAGGAAAUGCAGUAGUGCUCGCGUUUGGAUUGAACCUGGAGAAGGAAAGUUCAUCGUCAAUGACAAGCAAUUUGACAUUUAUUUCCCUAUUAUUGAUCACCGUGCUGACCUCCUUCGUCCAUUCACUUCUACGAAGACAUUGGGUCUUUUUGAUGUAAACUGCACUGUGAAGGGAGGGGGCAUCUCAGGUGCGUCAUCUAUGUAGUACUCUUUUUGUUUUCGUUGGUUAUCAUGGCAUUUCUUGUGCCCUGUGUUGGAUGGGCAGCUCACGGUGCUCGCUGGCUUAGAUGAACAUUAAGCACUAUACUGAUCCUUUCAGCCAUUUUCUACUCACCAACUGCGGCCUGCUUACAUGCAAUUGAAAAUUAUGAUCGCUUGUCGCCCUAAUUCUUGAAAAUGGUAGCCUAGUGUACCUGUUGUUCCUGUUCUAUCCGUCUUUCAACAGCCCUUAUUCGCUGUGAAGGCAAUGCGGUUGCAUCCACCUCCGUGCUUGCAUUCAGCAUUGAGCUUCUAGCUCAUCUUUAUUGAUUUUCUUUUUUCUUUCAAAGGGGUACCUAUUUUCCCUGUGACUGAAAUCAUCUGCAAAUCGUCGUGCAUUCGUUAUGUGUUCACAUGCAUGUUUUUUUUGUUUAUCAAUUGCUCUUAUUGCAUUCAUUGUUUCUUGAACGUCGAAGAAGCAGUCAUCUCUUAUCUCAUUUUUUUAGCUGUAGUUCAUUUGUGAUGGGUGUUUUACAGUGUUAUCAUCACCCAAUGUAGGUCAAGUUGGAGCCAUUCGUCUAGGAAUCAGCCGGGCGCUGCAGAACUUUGAACCAGGGCUUCGUGAAAAUCUUAGAUCAGGUAAGCUUUUGGGUUAGCCAAAAAAGCUCUAUUUAUUCAUAAAAUUUCUCUCCUGUGCAUGCAUGAAAUCCUGCCCAUCUCAAGUGACGAAACACAUGAGGCACAUGAGGCAAGACAUGUGCCUAUAUGUUCUUUGUGCCUUACAAUUGCUCCUACCUUACGUGUCUCCCCUCAAUUGGCCGUUUCAGCUGGGUUCUUGACGAGGGAUCCCCGCGCUGUCGAGAGGAAAAAGCCAGGCAAAGCUAAGGCAAGGAAGAGUUUUCAAUGGGUCAAGCGAUGA